GAAUUUUAAAAAUUCCGAAAAAUGCAGCUUGCAAGUUUAGGAAAUUCUGAAAAGAAUUCGUCAAUAAUUCCCGAGCAGGAUUUAAAUAUUUCCCGUCACUUUCUAACAGUGAAGAGUGAAAUCGAUGGCGUAGAUGAAGAUCGCAAGACAAAAGUCAAGGUUAAGCUGGAGGUCUUCGACGAGGAGGUUUUCGAUCCCAAGAACGAGGAAUAUCGUCAACGAAACGAAUAUCAAGACAUUAAAUCUACUGUUCCACCUGCAAGUGGAAUUAUUGAUUAUACCAAGUUUCCCGGAUUUUCACAAAUCAAUCCUGCUUUUAGUUCCGUCGGUGCUGGCUUUCCCCAGGGUUUUGGGUUUUCACAAUUUUACAGACCCUUCCAAAGUGAACGGUCUCCAAAUAGGAUAACCGGAGGACCCUUCGGUACAGUAGGAGGCGCAAAUGAUGCUUUUUUCGAUGCUAGAUACGAUCGGGAAUUUCAACAGAGAAAAGUGAACUCUUAUUCUGGCUUUCGUUAUUCCUCUAAUACACCUCCGGCAUCAAAACGCUUUUAUCCCGAGCACAGAAGUAAUAUACACUCCAGCAGGCAAGGGAAGUGGGGUGAUUCGGCUCUUAGAUCCCUACAAUCUACACCGACACUGUGGCCAAACUGGUUUUUACGUCCGGAAAUCCCAGUGAGCGUUCCUCUCUCAAAUCAGGUGUCAAAUUCCAAUUACACAUUGACGAGUUCAACAUUGUCGAGGAAUCAUCAAGACCCUACGAAAUUAUCUAAAGCGUCAUCUCUGAAUAGCAGCAAAGUGCAUGGACAGACUCCAAUUAUUUGCUCGUCCAUCAGAUGCACUUUCAAAGGGUGUUCCUGUGAUUCGUUCGUACCAGGCAAGAGGCAUUUGCGCUGCUGUGACAAGUGUCAUCAUGGAUGGGUUCUACAUGCGCUCGCGCGACUGUCAAGCCUCCGCGGAGGCGGCGUUGGUGGGGAUGUCGCCUCCAGCCCACGAGGUCCUGGUGGGGAGGAUAAAAGCGCCGGCGGGAGGGUAAGGCAAGCAGCCGGUGGCGCUGGUGGUGGGGAGCCGACUGAUGUCACGGAGAAGAAGGAGAGGCCACCGGCUUCAGAGACUGUCGAGCCGACGGCCGCGUUUGACGUUGCAUCUCUCGUUCUCUACGGCUCGCGCGCUUUACCCACACGGCUUAAGAACUACCUCGAUAAGUUGUUCAACCAAUUGCCUCACGCACAAGUAACGCGACUACUAGCCACCUUUGGCUGGACUCACGAGGAUUAUUCUCGAGGAUACAUACUGCAGGACUCGCAGAACGGCCCGGUGCUGGACCGAUGGAGUAUUUGCUCGGCUGAAGAGGAACCGCUGGUCCUUCAGCAGUUCCUCAAGUUCGCCGAGACGCGUCCGUUCGUGCAACAUCUGCUACAGGCCGCGGGAACGCCAGGUUCGGAUGCUAUGUCACCUAGCAGACGACCUUCGCCCCCGACGAUGCCGCUAGCACACCUACCACCACCUCUACACCUUCUUCACUGUGGCCUGCCACCCAGCUCGAGGUUGCCACACCCUUUGCCACCGCCACUGCCGCCAGUGUCUCACCACUCGAUGUCGCCGACAACCCAGAAGCACUACUCGACCCCGGCGGGCAAUCACGGACCGACGAGCAUCGCCAGUUCGCCACCUCGAAACCUAGAAUCAAAUUCACAUCUCUCCUCGCCCCUCAAUCGACUGCAAAGCAUGCAGCCCUUCGAUUUCCGGAAACUGGGCACUCUGGGUCUGCCUGCAUUUCCGCCCCUACCUCCACCACCAUCCGAGUCGAUGAUGCACCACCAAUCUCGAAAGUCGAGACAUCAACACAGUCCACAGAGUCCAAGUCAAAUCUCCUCCGCAUCACAAUUGAGGCAUCCUGUACCAGUUGCUCCAGUUUCCACCGCUGCUCUCACCUACGGCCACUCACUGGCAGUCGCGGUUUCCUCAGGAGCAUUGCCGCCCAACUUUCCUGGUCCGUACCCACUGAUGAGCAAACCUUCAGCAAACAGCACUAGCAGCGGCAUCAGCGGCUCAGGCAUGGACACACAUAGUGGUGGCGAGAAAAGUAGUGAAUUCGGUUCCGACGAUGAAGAAGACGACGAGGAGAACUCGGGAAGCGCUUUGAAUCUCAGCAGACGGGAUUCUGGAUCUAAACAUGCGGAUCAUCGGUUCUCGUCAUUAUCUCUUCAAGCAUCUUCGCUGGGAAGACCCUCCGGUAUCCAUGGCAGGAAACCGCACUCUCCUGGGAAACGUCAUCAAUGGGGAGCUGCUCACAACAUGCCUCCUAAUCUGGGAACACCUUUUAUCAAUCCAGCAACUGGAAAGAAGAGGGUUCAGUGUAAUGUGUGUCUCAAGACUUUCUGUGACAAGGGAGCGCUGAAGAUCCACUUCAGUGCGGUCCAUCUACGUGAAAUGCAUCAAUGUACUGUUAAGGGUUGCAGCAUGAUGUUCAGUUCCAGAAGAUCGAGAAAUCGACACAGUGCUAAUCCGAAUCCAAAGUUACACUCGCCUCAUUUGAGAAGAAAGAUCUCGCCACAUGACGGAAGAUCGUCCAUGGCACACGCAUUGGUUCUACCACCUCAAGUGGGCCUUCCCGUUCCUCCAAGUGGGCUAAAUCAUCUGUCUUUCGGAUCGUUUCCUCUACUCACACCACCACCAGACCUCCGCUCACCAGCCUCAAUUUGUGGUCUCGAUUUCAAACAUCUUGAUCCAUCGCAGAACGUAAGGUCCUACGAAGAAGCGUUACAGCAACGAGUGUCGAUGAACGCCACAUCGGGUACAACAAGUUUGGCGUUCUCGACAACGACGACAACGUCUUCAGUGUCAAAGGGGUCGACGAGUACGAUAAGUUUAUCAGGCGUCUCGCCCUCUUCACAAACAGCCGGAAUGAUGGAAGAUGACGACGACGAGGAUAAUGACGACGGCGGUAUCGUUGUUGUAGCCGAGGAUGAGUGCAAUUUACCCACAAGACUGUCCCUUCCCGACGAUGACGAUCAGCCUGCUGACUUUAGUCUAGCCGGAAGAACGAAGCUGUCCUUGGGAGAAAAUCCCGAUGAAGAAGUAGUCAGCAAUCCAGAGAGUAAUGAAGACAAUGACUCUAUUAGCAGGUUUGAUCAACAUAUGUUCUCGAUCAAUCCCCACACAAUAAACUCAAACUUCCAUAGUCGAGGGGUGCGGAAAAGAAAGUCACAACAUCCAACCAGGUGUACCAUUCCCGCGGAAGUUCAUUCCUCUUCCACUGACGGCGACUCUUCUAACGAUGCCGUCUUCCAAGAUCAACCCGAGGACAUGUCAAUGUCCCGACUCGAAGCAGAGGAAAGAAAAACAUCACCUUCACCCAGAAAUCCAUCUGGCUCAUUCGACAACGAAUCAAAUUCUCGAUCUCCCGAGCUACGGGACAGAGAUAUACUGACUGCUAGACACCGUCGUGAAACUCUGUCCUCGGAAGACAAUCAUGGCGACGAGCAACCUCAGGACGAACCCAGAGAUCUCAGUUCCAGGGCAAGCAGUGUCAGGUCACCGAAACGGCAAGCCACACCAGAACCAAAGCACUCCAAUACUCCCGAUCCUGAGGCAGCUAGCUCCCCCAGACCAUCGCGGGAGGAGCCAUCGCGAGAGGACGCAAAAGAACCCGAGGAAAAGUGCCCGAGAAUUAUCGCCCUUGACCGCAGCAAGGAGAGGCAGUCCGAAGUCAUCAUCAGGGACCAGGAAGGGGACGAGGACCUCGACGCCGAAGAGCCGAUGGAGAUCGAGGAGGAUGAGGAGGUCGCAACAACGCUACGCAAUCAAGAAGGUGAGCGUCCCGAUGAUCCCCCCCGUGCCCCGAGCUCGAUCGACAGCCAUCCAACCACUGCCGACGACCUCUCCCUCGACUCCUCGAAUGCUUUGCGUCAACUCGAGUCCUUGUCGCAGGGUCGCAUGCCGUACAUGGGAAUGCCGGAGCCUUCGAGGUCUGGCCGAGCUUCUACCAGCCCCGUCAGCCUUACGAUGCACCAGGAUACAACCCUCGACAACUCCUCUCAUGGCUCUCAUUCAUCAAGCGGCUCGCCCUCCCCAGUGGCCAUGGAUACGGACAAUAGCCUAAUCACCUACGCUCGCUAUGAGAACGGCGGCUUCGUCAGCACUCAGGAGGUGCCACUCGACCGGGACAAUCCACGCCGGUGCACCGCCUGCGGCAAAGUGUUCCAGAAUCACUUCGGGGUAAAGACGCACUAUCAAAAUGUCCAUCUCAAGCUGAUGCACCGUUGCAGCGUUGACGGUUGCAAUGCCGCCUUCCCGUCCAAAAGAUCCCGGGACCGUCACUCAGCCAAUCUGAAUCUCCACCGAAAACUUCUGUCCACAUCAUCAAGUCCUCCAAUCACCACCUUACCAUCAAGUCUCUCACCGAGAAUCGAGGACCCGCAGUUAAAUCCCCUACUGCACAACGAAUUCCUAGCGAGACUCUACGCCGACGCUGGCAUUGGUGCUCUGGGCACAUUCCCCCUCACUGGACUAUCAUCCACAAUGGACCUAGCCGCCAGAAUUCCACCGCCCCAUCCCCUUCUUCUUCCUCCCCAUCUUGGCUUUCCAGGUCUCUCAACCUUCGCCAGUCACCUCGCCGGUCUGAAUGGUCUCACUCAUCAACAUCUAAAUCAACUCAACCUCUCAGGUAUCAGACCCGGUUCUCCAAUCUCCUCACCCACUCCCGACGAUCAGAAGCAGGAGGCCAAGUGCACCAUCCCGGGUUGCAAUAGGGUCUUUGGUUCACGAGCUGUUCGCGACGCUCACUCCAGAGAUCCACAAGCUCAUCGAGAUCUACCGAUACUUUCGACCAGUGGUUCGUGACCACUUUUGUCUUAUCGUGCCUUCGGCCGAGAAGACUACUCUUUGCUGUGAUGCCAAAAUUUUAUCGCCCGAAUGGCUUAAACCUUUUUUUUUUUGUUCCACAAAAUAAAAGCCGCCUCGUCGUGUGCAAUAUCAAAAAUAAAGACGUGUGUAGCUAAUAGAAUUUCUUUUUAUCGGGGAAAAUUUUUCUGCUUUCGCUGUAAUCAGGAAUGGAUAAACUAUGUAUUGUCCAGCCGAAAAUUUAUUGCUUUCGACAUAUCGUUGUGUUCAAUAUUGAUGUAAUUCUCGGUAUUAAUCCCCAAACACAAGUUAUUAACCUUAUGAGAUUAUUAAGAAAAAGGGAAGAAAAAGUAGCAAUUUAAUGUCCAUUCCUGAAUUGUGCAAAUAUUUUACAUUUUUGUAUUAAAAAUUUUUGAUUGGGGUACAGUUUUUCUAAAACGUAUUUUCUAAUUUUUAUUUUCUAAAAAAUUUUUUUUCUAAUAAAGGUGAUUUUUAAAAUUUGUUUCUAACAAUAUUCAACAUUUGUAAUGACGAUCAAUUUUGGUAUAAAAAUUAUGCACAUUAAUUUUUUUUUCAA